AUGGAUGAAAUAAAUACAGUUAGCAAGACGGUCAGUUUGGAAAUCAGCGCUCUUAGGCAAAACAACGACCAUGACGUGAUUACUGGGGUGGAUGAUCCGGACCUCACCAGUAAUACUGGGGUUGAUGAUCCGGACCUCACCAGUAAGAAGGCUACGUUUGACAUCGGAUCAAAUUUUAAAUUGUGGCCAGAGUAUGAACAGUCUCCACGUCAGAAGAGGAUAAGAAAUCACAAGGCAAAGCAGACGAUAUUGAAGAAAAACUUUUCGGAGCCUGAGAUGUACAAGUAUAGAGUGGAAAAUAAUAGCUCCUAUCAGAACCAUGCGUUUGACUUUGACGAAGUGUCCAUGAAACAAAGCAUAUCAUUCGCUGAUAUUGUGACCCAAUAUAUUCGUGCACCAAUCAGAGAGGACAUACAUCCUUAUGGGCGUGGCCAUCUGUACAGAUCUGUGAUGGAGGAUAACUUGCCAAAAAUACAUCAUGGAGAGGGGCGAUUCCUGAUGUGGUUCGUGGCCACUGUGAUCAUCGCUGGAUUCGCAGUCGGCGUAAUAAUUAUGUCCCAAAUGUACAACCUAGACCAACAACAAAAUCUCAAUCAUGGAACAAACGGUACUACUUAGCAAGCAGUCAACCAUGCUGCUCAGUAGACAACGAAUG